AUGGUCUUCCUCCCAAAAGAACGACAUGAAUGGAUCAAUCUAAGGCUACAAGAUUUCAAAUCAGUUAUGAAGUAUAACUUUGAGAUGUUCAGAAUUACUUCUAUAUUGACACUAUGUGGAGAAACGAUUAGUGAUUCUGAUAAGCUGGAAAAGACGUUCUCCACUUUUCAUGCCUCGAAUAAUCGACCUACUGGCGCUGCACCAUUCCCUGAAGUGAAUGAGGUGCAUGCCCACUACUCUAGGCGUGGAAAAGGUCGUGGUUCCGGUCAUGGUCGUGGUCGUGAUAGUGGUCGUGUUCGUGGUCGUAGUCGUAAUAAUGGUCAAGGAAGAAAUUAUUUCCCUGGCGUUAAUCAUUCUUCAAAGAAAAAUUACUACCAAAAGGUGAAAAAGAAGGAUGAGAGGCAUGAAGUGCCAGAAGCACGUGACUCAGAAAAUAAAUGCUAUCGUUGUGGUGGAAGUGGACACUGGUCACGUACAUGUCAGACGCCAAAGCAUUUGGUUGAGCUUUAUCAAGCAUCAAUGAAAAGGAAAGAGAAAAAUCCUGAAGCUAAUUUUAUCUCUGAAGAUCAAGUUGAUAUUACUCACUUGGAUGUUGCCGAUUUUUUCGAGCACCCUGAAGUAAAAAUAGAUCACUUGAUUGGUGAUGGAUCUGUUGUUAAGGAGGACUGA